UUUCAAUUAUUAAACUGUUUUUAUCUCAGCCCACAAGUCCUAUUUUAUUUGCUUUCCUGAGUAUGUUCCUUACUCCAUGAGGGUAAAGUAAGUGAACAGCAUCAUGGUUCUUGGUUGACAGUCCUUUUCGAUGACGGAUGUGGGGCAUGAAGGGUUUGAAAUAAUUCCCAGGUGCCAGCUCCUGACUCCUCCAAGGGAACUCCAGGAAGUAUUUGGUUCAUGUUCAGGGCAGGCCCACACCAGCAGCUGGCUGACACUCUCAGGCACUUGCAGGGGCACUGGGAUUUGCUCUGGAGACAGGUGAUGUCCCAGGUAGUCUCUGCAGAGUUUUUAGAGCAGCUCUCCAGAGAGCCCUGUAUAUGCUGGGGAAGGGCUGAAUCCAGUGGCUUUGCUUUACCUGUCACCAGCAGCUGGGGAAUAUUUGGAUGCCCCCAUGGAGAUGGCAGAAUGUUGCUGGUAGAAGCCCCCGUGAGGUCACAAAGGCUCUGUGGAGCCGCAGAGCCAGGCCCUGUGUGCAGGGUGCGUUGUGUGCCACGGGCUUCAGCAGCAGCAGCUGCAUCAUGGCACAGGCACGGUGUGCCCUGACUCUCAUCGUCCUCCUGCUGGCCCUGCCAGCCCAGGAUGUUGGGGCUGCUUCGUGGCGAGCACAGGCAGUGGCACUGGAGCAUGAGGCUACGCAGGAGGAGGAAGGCCAGCAGAAAGUGCCAGUCCCUGGGGAAAACACCAGGGCCUUUUACACAACAGGUCCAGAGCAUCAAGAUGGAAGGGGACAAUCUUCCAUGGAGACGUCCAAAGUGCUACAUGAAAUCCUGAGGGAGCUGAGAGUGAUACUAGGAGGUGUGAAGAGCCUGAGCCUCAACAGCGCUGUCAGCAGGAGAUCCACCAGCUCUGGGAGCAGCGGGGCAGACCCAGACGCGGUGGAGAGCGGGGCAUACCCAGACACUGUGCUGGGCAGGGUGGACACAAACGCUGUGGAUGCUAACUCUUUCCAGAAGUACUGCAUCGAAGGAAUUGUGGCGGUCCUUGGCUCCAUGCUGCUCGGAAUGGUGCUGUGCUGUGUGCUCCAUGUGUGGAGGAAGAGGAGAAAGAAAACGUAGCAUCAGGGAGCCCCUCACAGCUUCCUGAGCCACUUCAGAGUGCCUGGACAGCCGCACUGAGGAAUAUUUGGAGGAGUAUAAAUAAAGAGCAGCAGCACAAUCAAUUUUGUUGUACUGGCAGCAAACUUCCAUGGGUGCCACUGUAGGGCCUGGGAGUCCCCUGGCUACUGAGGGGGUGCAGGGAGCCCCAGGAUGCCACUGAAUCUAGCUUGCCACUGGUUCUAAUUUGAUUCUUAUUUGAUUUUCACUAUAUGUAUUAUCUAUGCUGUAGGCAAUAGAGUCACCUUGGACACGAUCCUUUGUUGUGUUUUUGCAAAUUCAUAUUAAUUCCACCUGAACAAGAGGAAGAACUUUUCCAUGCAAGUGACAUGUACUGGAACAGAUUGCCCAGGUUUUGGAGUCUCACCCACUUGUGAUAUUCCAGGACUGUCUGGACACAUUUCUGUGCAAUGUGCUCUGGAUUAUCCUGCUUGAGGAGGGAGGUGGGACCAGAUGACCCCACACUGUUGUACCUUUCAACCUUAUCCACAAUGUGAUUGAAGUUUGUUUUCACUAACACCUUUGCCAGUGAUUCACCAGCACACAGUGAGUGGAAGGGAUCUCCCAUGCAGGGGAGGCACCCAGUAAGAUUUUUUCAUAUGCUUCUUCAUAUGCUUCGUAUGCAUCUCCUGGAGAAAUGCAUGGCAAGGAAACGAGCUGGAUGAGUGAGCUGGGGCAGACUUUGACAGGGCUUUUCCAUCCCAGCUUACUGGGACACCAGGAAAAGGUGGAGCCCUGCCAUAGGGCCCCUGUGUCUGGCUGCUGUCCAGAACAGGCACUGAAUGCUCCCUAGCCUCCAGCAACACAUAGACCCGGGAAUAUUUUAUAUAUAUUCUGUUCUAUACCUUUUAUCAUAUUUUGACAUAUUAACACUCUGUGGUUCAUACAUUUAUUCUGAACCUGCUUUCCUGUUACUCCAAUAAACCAAACUGUUCAUGAA